AUUCCCACCAAUCAGCGCUCGCGGCUCAAUAUUCGAACGUCGUCAACUCGCCGAGACUCGGAUAAACGGAGAUAUAAUGGGAAUUAUUUGCUGCAAAGUUUAAAUAAUUGACCUAUUUUCUUGAAUUUUAACACAAACCAACUUGCUGGUAAAUUGCUUACUUAAUUACGUCCUACUGCCGAAGACAGUCCGUCGCAGUGACUAACGUAUAAAACGGAAGUACUGCGCUGAGCUAGCUAACAGGUUAGCCGAGUCGUUUGUUUAGCAACAUUUUACAAUCAUCAUGUUGCGCUGUUGAUCGACAGGACCACCUUAAAAGAACUUUGAACCGAUCAAAAAUCCGGAGCAAUGGUUAAAGAACGGGCCCAGCGGAAGUCCUUCCAGCAGAGUCUGGAGGACAUCAAGGAGAAGAUGAAGGAGAAGAGGAACAUACGGCUGGACAGAGCCUCAGCUCCCAGCAGAGGACGGUCCAGAAUGAUACACAAGAGCAGUGGGACUAACUCCACACACACCAUCCUGAAGGGUGUCCAGCUGAACAACAAGGCGUUGGCGGUAGCGCUGCAGUCAGAGAAGGAAAAAAUGAGGCAAGCCAACGCUGUGAUCCUGCAGCUGAAAAGGGAGCAACAGGCCCUGUUUCUUCACCUGCUCCUGCUCAAGAGGAAGCUCAAGGAGCAGGAGGCUCUGACAGCGAUGACUUCAGAGUCUAAACCUACAAACGUCCCUGUUGAACCUCAGCACGCUGUGACUUCAGCAAGGAGAAAGCGGACCAACCAGAACCUCGAUGAGCGCAUUGUGUGCAAAGCUUCACCGAUUAGUGCAGAGCCUCAGACCUCUGUACCACCUGAAUGUGACAGGCAGGUCACCCUGCCAUCCACAGUGGGUGUACGGCGUCGCCACGCAGAUAGACGAAGCAGGAGGAGAUCUGAGCGUGUGCGAGAACAGAGGUCGUUGAGUGAGGGGGGCCCCAUAGCAGGUUUAGAGACUUUAAUAGCAAGUCCGAUUCACGGUGAUGAUAAAAAUCCAAAUCCACUGCAGCCAGAAUCAGAAUUGGCGGACCUUGUUGACGCUGAAGAGUUUCAGCACUCUACUCCUGAACGUGCCUCACCUAAAAAAAGGAACCAGCAGCAGGCCAAUAGGAAACAAGCCCAGCAGCAGACGCGCACCAAACCAGAGCCGGCUGCACGGAAAGCUGAGAGAGGCCGCAGACCAGAGCGUGCCCAAUUAAAGAAACCGUGGGAGAACCCCAAACCCAGAGCCCGCUCCAAGAGUCGGGACCGUUCAGCCACACGUUCCAAAGCGGCACCUCCGCCACAGGGGAACAAGCUCAACACGUCACUGGGAUUUAAUGACACGUUUGACUUUGACUGUGAAGAAACGGUUCACAUCACACCCUUCAGGACAAAGGCAGAGGACAAUCAGCCGGCCACACCAGUCAGCGAAGAGGCUCCACAAAGAGGACAGGCCCAAACUGGAGCAUCAUCUGUUGCUUCCGGACACAAUGAGUUGAGCUCGUCAUCACCAUCUUCUGAGUCAGAGGACAGCCUUUAUGUUCCUCAAAAAAACAGGAAGAGACAGACGUCACCAGACAAUAACAGGGCGAUCACCACUCGUAGAGGCCGGCCCUCUAAAGUCGCCAGACAGAAAGAAAACAUCCCUCCGGAACCGGAGAUCUCCGUCUUUAGAGAUGAAGAGUCAAGUCCGGAGCAUGCAGAGAAAGAAGCGAAUCUCAAGCUUAACUGCGCUGACUCGAGCUUCUCUAACAGCCCUGACCCUGUGGGUGUAGGACUGGAAAAUCACCCAGAGCCUCUCGGGGAAGUGAUGGAGGAGGAUUGUUUGCUCCCCGUCAGCCCUCUGGUUGAGGCAGAGAUGAUGAGAAUAGGCAACGUCCUGUCCAACUUUGGAGAUUCCUCCUGCGACGCUCCACCUCUUGUACCCCACCAAACGCCUCAGAGGAUCAGGACGUGCAAGAAACGUGGGCUUGGUAAAAGGACAGCAGGGCGGGGCUUGAGUCUGUGUGAUGUGACCAAUCUGUCCCCUGCAGCCUAUCGCAAGUUCUCCUCUGAUGCCCGAUGCUCCACUCCUGUUCCUGCCCGCAAGCGGCGCUGCACCAUGGUGGUGGACUACAAGGAGCCCUCACUAAACGCGAAACUUCGGCGUGGAGACAAGUUCACCGAUUUGCAGUUCCUCCAGUCUCCCAUAUUCAAACAGAAGUCCGACAGGAGGUCUGUGCAGAAACCGAGGAAUUCCCUCAGUGGAAAGCAGCCGUUUGAGAAAUACAAUGAGUCGUUUGUUGGUUGUCGCUGAGAGCAGCUACCUUGUUCUGAGUGUUGGCAGGCAUUGUCCAUUUUAAAGUGCUUUUAUAUAGUUUUGACAAAUGAUUUUCAUAACAAAAAUGAUGUGAAAUUAGUUAGUAAUUCACUUGCAAUGGUGAAUUUCUUUGUGUAUUGAUUUGUGUGAUAUAUAAUUCAACUGAUUUUUCAUGUUAAUUUUCCAUGUGUUUUGUUUCCUCCUGUUUUUCAUCUUUUUCACAAAGUAAAAGUAGUAGUAGUAGUACUUAUUAUAUUAUUAUGAGAUCCCGAAUAGGAUUACAUAUUAUUGUCAUAAUAAAUUCCAAUUUCCAUCAUCACCUUAAAAUGUCUUUGUUUCCUUCUGUAUAAGACAAUGACUAUUUUUUUCAUUUGCACACAAGUUUAAUAUACCUGAAAACUAAGUUCAAUCUAAAGUUGAUUGUUUUGGAUUGAACUCAUUUUUUGUCCGGCCAUUCGUGGCACUCUUAAAUUGUUUUUUAAAAAUCUUUUGCAUUUGAACCUUGGCCAAUGCAAAUAAAUAAAUUACAAUAAUGUA